GAUAAUUUGGUUCUCUCGUGAAGUCGAACCGUUUAAGACCACUACGACAUUCUGAGCGCCAUGGAACGGAAAAAUUGUUAUGUUUCAUCGACUAUCAACACUGCCUCUGAGGGUUACAAGCAAAGCUCUCGUACUGUGCAAAACGAGUCUGGUAAAAUGUUCAUAGAGACCGAAGUUCAACCCCAAGCCGGAGACACGAUCUUAGACCUCGGUUGUGGCACAGGAGAGCUGUCUGCAUAUCUUGCUCAGCUUGUUGGAAACAGUGGAAAGGUUGUGGGUGUUGAUCCUGACAAAGAACGCCUUGAACUUGCUAAAAAAUCACACAGUAAUAUCGACAAUCUUUCGUUUAUCGAGGGGAGCUCUUCAAACUUCCCUGGUAUGGGCUCAGAAUCCUACGACAUUAUCUUCAGCAACUACGUGCUGCACUGGAUCCCAGACAAAUCCAAUGCGUUUCGGAAUAUGUACGCUAGCCUGAAGCGGAGUGGUCAUGCCAAAAUUGCAGCUCAGUACGGCAGCUAUUUAUUCCCAUUCAUAACAAGCGCCUUUAAGGAACUGAAUCCAGAAAAUGCCGAACAUUUACUUGACAUGUUCAAUUUUGAAGCGAGGUCAACGAUCGAGCAAUAUUGUUCAGCAGCCGGGUUUGAUAUUGUCAAAAGUUAUGAUGCUCAGAUCGCACAAUAUGUGUUUGAAAGCACUGAGGCGCUUUUGAAGUGGCUUUGGUCCACUACACAUGGUGCUUUUGAUCCUUCGCUAGUAACCGAAGAUCGCCUACAGAAUUAUUAUCCAUAUUCAAGUCGAAAUGGUCAACCUCCAUUUGACUUCAGCGGAAUUGAAGAGGAGUCAACUAUUUGUCGAUUGGUGGCCAACAAACAAGUUUCUUAGAACACCACGAAACAUCCAUUUACUUACACUAACAUCGAUUGUCUGUUUGAGGACGAAAGAAUUAUGUGCAUGUCAGGUAAUUUGAGGAGAAAAUUACGAAACUGAUAGUUCACGAGUGUGAAGUUUGACAACGAUUCGCCAGUUUACUUUUACUUAGAUACUAGGAAUCGCUAUCAAAAGUGAGUCCUUUCGACCUCAGAGCUUUAUGUCAUGGAAAACCUUGGCAGAAAUCAACGUUUUUGCAAGUUUUAGCUUGCUGAGUAUUGUUAUCUUCCAGUAAAACAACAAUGACUUUCCAAAUUGUUCCGUAGCGUGACAUUCCAAUAACCGACAUUGAAAAGGUUGUUUCUUUGUCAUAGGAAGACUCUGUUUUCGAAAUAAUUAGUGCAUCGUAAGA